GGCCAGCCAAGAACCCACCUUAUUCCGGAGCUUGUAGAUUGACACUGAUAUCGUCCAAUAAGAAUAAAAAGAAGGAAACUGCUAUGUGAUUGGCCAGUUGCUGUACCUCUCUCGGAAAUCUGACGUAGUUUCCGGAAGCUCCUUCUAUGGAGAGGUCAGGUAUCGGUCCUUCUACAGGGCGAGUCGUGUGGUGAUUUUUGUCCCUUGUUGUGUAGAGUGUAAAUGGAUGCUGUCCUCCGGGAGUGCCUCCGUUUGAAAACGAGUUCCCGGAGGACAGUAGGCUCCGAGUUUAAAAAGUGCUCCUCAAACAUCAGCCCUUUGGAUGCCUGCCUGGUGCUCCUGGGAUUCAGGAGUGGCUCGCAAACACCCAGCAUGUGUAGAUCCGAACAAAAAAAUCAUUUCCUGGCGAGACUCACUAAUUGAUAAUCUGCACACACACAAAACACAUUUUAAAAGAGAAACAAGGAUACAAGUUUUAGGUUUUCCAGAGGAAAACAUAACGAUCCGGUUCCGACUGAUCUCUUGAUCACCCCAAAGUCCUUUAUGAUGUCAUUACACACUCGGAAGUCUUUCUCUCUAGUCUCCUUCUUUUCCUUCCCUCCUACACCCCCAUUCCUUAAGACUCCUCCCCACCCUUUCCCCUUAAAGGGCUUCAAUUUCUUUUUUGGAGAAAUGUCUUCUGAGUCAGAAAAGGGUAAAGAGAGACUGAUUCAAGCUGCUAAAAUACUCUUCUUCCACAUACGAGAUCUGGUUUCCUUCAUAAAUAAGUUCGUUGAAUUGUUUAACCUCACAAUGAAGACUCAGAUCCUCCAGAUGGAUCUGAAAGAAGAUAGCUACAUUAAAGAUUUCUUUGAACAAAUGAUUAAAAUUUUUAAAGAGAUGCAAUUGAUGUUUGAUGCAAAGCACAAACAAAUGCAAAAGGAGCCUUUAUGUUCCAAGGUGGUGACUGCUGUGACCUCUGCAGUGGAGAAAUGUUCCAAUGCGGGUCCACACCACACAGCUAAAGAAAUGCUCAAAAAUAUCCAGACACCAGCUUUUGCCUCUGUGCUGAACAGUAGUCACAUCCUUGGGAAUCUAGAAUCUGCUCUUUCGCUCCUGAUACAGUUCCCCAUCAUGAGUCUUCGAUUACGUGACUUCUAUAGCGAAGAGACCAAAGAGCAGCCAGGUGCUACCACAUCCGAGAAAAGUCCAGAACAUCCCAAGGCCACUUCAGAGGAUGCCUUGAGGAAGCUGCAAGAUGCCCUAAGAACUGAUAAUGCCCACAAGUCAGUAGAAGCAGCCGCAGAUGAACUGGAACUGUUUGUCAAGACUAUGGAGCCAACCUUACAGGUCCUCCAGAAAACCAUAAAGACUAUAGAAGGGGAUAUCUCCACAUCUAGGGAAGCCGAGGCCCAGUAGAGGUACGGUGGAAGAUGUGUUCCUUUCUGUCUGAAAUCAGCUUGAGUUCUCUAAUUUUUUUUGUGGUGCUUUGUACAUUCCAUUAAUGCUAUAUGUGCAGUUUGUUAGAACUUAAAUGUAGAGAGUCAUCCCUUGACAAACCACUUACCUGUAGCUCUGAUUUGUUACAAUAAAAAGGCCUAACCAAAGAAA